AUGGAGCAGACGGAAGCGACGUCCGGCGAGGUGGAGCUGCAAUUUCAGGAGGACGCGGCGCUGACCGAGAAGAUGCGCCUGCGGGUGUCGUCGCUUCAGCGCUCGGGCCGCAAGCGCGAGGACGGCGAGCGUCUGCUGCUGCCCCACGAGGCCGUCUACCGGCUGGACUUCCGGGAGCGCGACCUGCGCUUCCGCCGCUGGGACGUGACCCUGGGCGGGCGCGGGCGGGUCACCGUCACGGGCAUCUCGCAGCACUGGACGCCCGACCUCACCCACCUGAUGUCGCGCCAGCUGCUGGAGCCCGUCGGCGCAUUCUGGCGCGGCGCCGAGGACCCCGAGGGCGCGCCGGCGCGGCGGAUGGAGGCCGACGUGCAGGAGCUGGGCGAGAGGAUCGCCGCGCUGGCCGAGGUCCGCAAGGUCAUGUACUUCCUGUUGGCCUUCGAGGACGGCGCCCGGCCGGCCGAGCUGCGAUGCUCGCUGGCCGUCGCCGCCCGCCGCUGA